UUUCGUCGAACCUCUCCUCCGCCGCACCGCUGUGCGACCCUCUCCGCUUCCUCCUUUCGUCGAAGCCGCUUGGUCGAUGAGCUCCCUCUGCACGCCGGACUGUCAACCACGCACCGCCGCCGCCGCUCUGUUCCCCCCGGUACUCCCCGUCGGCCAAAUCGUCGAAUCCGCUCCGCGCCCUGAAAAGGACUUCCACGGAGACGCAUAUCUCCGAACUUGCUGGUUCUUCUACUCGCUCGUUCCGCUGUUGGUCUCCUUUUGGUGGAGAACAUCCGCAAGGGCAGCCGCCGAGUGUUCCGCAGGCGGCAGUUGGUCGUCAGCGUGUUCGACGAGGGAGCAAUGGCGAGCGUCGCGGCAGCGCCGACGGCUUCGAUCGAGGACGCCGUGCGGCUGGUGCCGUCGCGGCGCGGCAAGGAGAAGGCGGUGUACGGCGGACGGACCUUCACGCUCGAGCAACACAACGGGGACCGGUACCGGUGGCGGUGCGACGUGCGCACCUGCAAGGCUCGCCUGACGACCGACGUGUACGACGGCCGUCACAUGGUGUACCGGUUUCGACAGCACGACGAGGAACCCCACAAGAGCGUGACCAGAGAGCGGGCCACUCGCAAGGGCCUCGCCUCUUACAAACAGCAGCCCAGCGUGGAGAUCGGCGAGUACAGGUACAUCCUGGAGAACGUGGUAGAAGGAGUGCAGUUCUGGCGCUGCGAGUUCGUCCGCUGCCCGGGCCGCUGCCGGACAAAAGAUGGCGUCAUCGUGGCGGGUCCCUCGCUGCACGUCCACGACGCCCACCUCACCGCCGGCGACGGCGCGGCUGCAGACUGCGCCCAGGUGAAGAGCAUCGAAGAGGCGGCCCGUCUGGACCGGGAAACCGACCACUUCAUUCACGAGAUGGCUGCUAGGAUCCAACAAAAUCCUUCCCACGCCUUCUUUCCGAGCGGCACCGAGAUUUCCUCCACCUCGUCUGGCAACGGUGCCGACACCACGAAUCGGAUCGCCAUCAAGUCUGAACCCGCAUCGCCGAUCGUCCAAGUCGAGAUCAACGAAGAAGCGAUGGUGCAUACGGAUGAUGCUAACGUCAUGCAGAGUCGUGUGAUUACGCCCGAUAACUCCGUGACAGCCGAUUUCGAGGAGCAGCCUCGCAACGUUGAGAACGAAGCAGACGACAUGGAGUCUUCCGACCAGGAAGCAGAUGACAACGAGCCCGGUAGUCGUCUGCUGUGCAUCGCUUCGUACAAGAGUCUUGCCAAUCGUUCGGACGUUCCGAGCGGCUCGGGAGCAGCGCUGGGUUCGAGCUCGAGUCGUCUAAACGACGUACUGAGCUUGGUGGCGGGAAGUCAGGACCCGCGCGAGAAAGAGCUGAGGGUCGACGUACUUCUGCAGAUGCGUCGUCUGCUGGAGGCCGAGACCGACUUGCUGGUGCAGAAACAGAGGAGCGAAGCGUUGCGAACGGAGAUUUUACGCAGGAAACUUUCAGCUUCUGGCAAAGUCGGCGACGAGCCCGGCAGACAUUCAACGUCGGGUGGUCCUAGUAGUCGCUAGUAUAGUUCUACUGUGCUAGAUACGUACAAUUGUUCACGUUCACCCUGCUUUAAGCACGGAGUUCUUGUUUUGUUUAUGCACAAUGGUGGUUUGAAUGUCUUUCUUGAUUUAGGCUUUCCUGUUUGUUAUUUUGCAUUUUUGGGUCUCAGAUAAGGGCCUCCAUUACGUUCUAAAUAAUAAAGAUAAAAAUCCAAAUACUCAAGCGCCCAUAGGGGCGCCCCUAGUGGUUGCCCUCACCUGGUUUACCCGUACACGCCGCUUCGCGGCGGCCGAAUUCGCUAAAACGUGGCUCAUCGCCAUUUUCUCUAAACUGGGUUCUCCAUGAAGGCAUUCGAUAAACCGGGGUCGGUAAAACGGCGUUCGCUAAAACUAGCUUUUCUAAACCGCAUGCCUCCGACCCGAGGCUUGAGCAAAGUGAUAUUUGAACGACAGCUAUCUUGCCCCGUCGUAUUUUGUUUGAGAAAGCUUUCGUUCUCAACGCCCUCACCAGGGAAAUAAAACGUCAAUUUUUCUGAAGCGUAUGCUGUUUUGUAGUCAGCUGGUUUCGGAAACUUACGCCGUCUGUAGAUAUCUCUGACAGCCGAGCUGCUUAAUUGGAAGUCAUCGCAAAUAUAAGUUGCACGUUGCAGCAACCAACGCUUAUAGGUAAACGAUGGCAACGACUGCACUCUCGCAUUCCCAACCAUCACGUCGAACAAAAAUGCGCUAGUUUCGGUUUGAGGUCGGUACUUUUCUACAACAUCUACGGCGACAGCAUCAGUCUGCGCUCGAUGCAUUCGGCAAGUUCGUUCGGGGCCGGUUCUCCGUGCAGCACUCCGCGGGUGCAACGCAUUAGAACACUCACAGUACAAGUCUGGAUCGCGGAUCGGGAGCCCGUCACUGGCAUCACCGGCGGCCAUUGCUUGACAACAGGCAAUACACACAACUAUAAGAGAGAAACACGCAAAAGUAGGAAGCUUGUACGCGGUGCUCGAGGGCGAGCAUUUUAUGACGUGCUGCGAUCAUUCUAUCGCAUGCUUGGAGAUCAAAUAGACAUUCGUCAAGCGUUCGAACAUCGAUAAAAAACAAAAAAAAA